GCAACUAUAAAACACGGACACCAUUCCUCUGAAAGACUAGUUCUAUAACCACCAUCAAGACCUGCAUAAUAUAGAAAUUUAGCUAUUUUUCUUUCUGUUUAUUUCUUCAAGUAAUAUUUUGUUUCUGUGAUUAUGGCUACUGGGCACGCACCAGGCAACCCCAUUCCAGCUGUGAGAACAUACCCGCCGGUGGAGCAUCCAGUGGUGGUAAUAGGGCCACAGUACCUGGCACAGUACCCUGUUGAACUCGCCGUCUCUACAAAGCUAUUGACUCUUGGAGAGAAUGAUUUUAAGGUGUCUGACAUUAAUGGUACCCUCAUCUUCCAGGUUAAGAGUAAAGUAUUAACCCUGCAUGAUCGUCGUUUUCUGAAAGAUGCAGCUGGUAACACCCUUGUCAAUCUCAGGCAGAAGAUAAUGACCAUGCAUCGAAGGUGGGAGGCUUUUAGAGGAGAAAGCAAGGAGGAGAAAGAUUUGCUUUUCACAGCCAAGAAAUCAAAGCUGUACCAAUUCAAGACUGAGUUGGACAUAUUCUUGGGUAAGAACAAAGGAAAGGUGCCUGAUUUCAAGGUCAAAGGAGGCUACAGAGAGAGUUCCUGCUCUGUACUUCUUGGAGAUUCCAAUACCAUGCUUGCACAGAUGCAUAGAAAACACACUCUCGCGAGUACUAUUCUGGCUACAGAUAGUUUUGGAGUGACUGUGUAUCCUAAUGUUGAUUAUGCCUUCAUAAUGGCCCUUGUGGUGAUUCUCGACGAGAUCAAUGCGGAUCGUAGUGGCGAAGAUUAAAUACAACUCUUGGAGUGGUUCUUGAUGACAUCAAUUAAUGCAGAUCGCAGUGGCGAAGACUGAAUAUAAUAUAGUUUUUUGUUUUAUUACGAGUGAAGCUCUCAAGUUUAAUUGUUCUUUCAUUGUAAAAUUAAAUGCAAUUCAUGUUUUAUUGCUUUUCCUUAAUGUAAAAAUGUUUGCCUUGUGGGUGACAUAAAGAGUAAAAUACAUUUUUUAAAAAAAAAUUUUAUGCUGUGUUUUGGAAUAAAUGAUCAUUCAAUAAUAUCCCAGUUAUUAUGUCCA